GAAAUAAGCCAGUCAGAGAAAGACAACAUGCCACUCUGUGGAAAGCAGCUGUGUGUGCACUUUGCCUGCCAUAGCGCAUCCCUUACAGUUAGAAACCUUCCUCAGUAUGUGUCCAACGAACUGCUGGAGGAAGCCUUUUCUGUGUUUGGCCAAGUGGAGAGGGCUGUCAUCAUUGUGGAUGAUCAAGGAAGGUCCUCAGGAAAAGGCAUCAUUGAAUUCUCAGGGAAGCCGGCUGCUCAGAAAGCUCUGGACAGAUGCAGUGAAGCCUCCUUCCUGCAAUUUCCUCGCCCUGUGACUGUGGAGCCCAUGGACCAGUUAGAUGAUGAAGAGGAAGUUUCAGAGAAGCUGGUUAUAAAGAACCAGCAAUUUCACAAGGGGUGGGAGCAGCCACCUAGAUUUGCACAGCCUGGCUCCUUUGAGUAUAAGUAUGCACUGCGCUGGAAGGCACUUACUGAGGUGGAGAAACAGCAGCAGGACCAAGUGGACCACCACAUCAAGGAAGCUCACGAGAAACUGGAGAGGGAGAUGGAGGCUGCUUGCCAUGAGCACCAGGUCAUGCUAAUGAGACAGGAUCUGAUGAGGCGUCAAGAACUUCGGAGGAUGGAAGAGCUGCACAACCAAGAAGUACAAAAACGAAAGCCUGAGCUUAGGCAGGAGGAGGAGCACAGGUGCUGUGAGGAAGAGAUGCUGCGACAGCAGGAAGAAAUGAUGCAGCGACAGCAGGAAGGAUUCAAGGGAACCUUCCCUGAUGCGAGAGAGCAGGAGAUACGAAUGGGCCAGAUGGCUAUGGGAGGUGCUACGGGCAUAAAUAGCAGAUGCGCCAUGCCUCCUGCUCCUGUGCCUGCUAGUACCCCAACUCCUUCAGGACCUGCCACUAUGAUGCCAGAUGGAACCUUGGGAUUGACCCCACCAACUACUGAAAGCUUCAGCCAAGCUACUACAGUGGAAGGAAUAGGGGCAAUUGGUGGAACCUCUCCUGCAUUCAACCAUGCAGCUCCUGGAGCUGAAUUUGCUCCAAACAAACUUCGUUGA